CCUCUGCGGUCAAGCUUUCAGCAUCAGCCCUGUUUGUUUUUAGACUGUGUUCCGUCUCCCUCGCUUAUAUUAAAAUUUGUCCACUGAGCGCCGUGUUUGGUGGGGAUGCCCACAGUUGGCAUCUCUUGGCUGGGAAUUUACUUCGGAGGUGAUUUUGUAUCUGCAAGAACUGUCAGCACGAGUGAUUGAUUUGUAUCUGAAUUUGCGAGGUAUUUUUUCGGGGGAGACACCUUUCACUACAUUCUUGCCCUUUAGACAAAUGAUUCACGUUAAAGGUGGAAAAAGGUGUAGAAUAAGAAGGUUGUUUUGACAGGAGAUCGUUUGGAUGACGGACACCGAGAGGCAGUAGCUCUUCCUCUGCAACGCGAAUCUCUGCGCCCUUGGAAUAUUCUUACAGAGGCACUGUUAUAGAGUAGAAAUAUUUUCUCAGUUUGCAGUUGUAAUCCAUUGGACGAGUUUGCCCACUGCAGGGGCUGCUGCGGCUUUCCCCUCUGUUCUGUUUUGAAUUAAUAUUUCCUUGACGGGCGGGCGUGUGAGCAUCCCGGACGAGCCCGAAUUUGCGAUGCCCAAGCAGUGAGGGUACGUUGGGAUUUCAUUUGGUCACCCUGCACAGUAGCAUGGCUCCAGCCCGGAGGGACUGCAGCGGCUGGGAGAUGUUCCUCCCGACGGGAUGCCUGCUCCUCUCUGUUUUGCUAUUUCACCCUGCUCUAGCCAAGGUGUGCAACGACCGCACCAAACACGGACAGGACAACAGCUGGUUCACCAGGGACGGGGAAAACUUGCCCAUAAUGGUUCUUAUGCCCAUGAACGAGUCGGCCCUGAUGAGCAGCAUCAGCCAAGGAAUCGAGCCAGCGGUUCAGCUGGCCAUCCAACACAUAAGGGAGUCCGGGAAGUACUCGUUCUCACUCAUCACCAAAAUAUACGACACCGAGUGUGACAAUGCCAAGGGGCUGAGGGCCUUCUUUGAUGCCAUUUGUUACGGACCCAAACACCUGAUGAUCUUUGGCGGUGUCUGCCCCUCUGUAACUUCCAUCAUUGCAGAGUCCUUGGAAGGCUGGAAUCUGGUCCAGCUAUCCUUCGCAGCGACAACCCCUGUUCUAGCAGACAAGAAAAAAUACCCCAACUUCUUCCGCACUGUCCCAUCAGACAAUGCCGUGAACCCAGCAGUAGUGAAGUUCCUCAACUACUACAACUGGAGCCGUGUGGGAACCCUCACACAGGAUGUUCAGAGGUUCUCAGAGGUGAGGAAUGAUCUUACCAACGAGCUGGAAAAAGCAGACAUUCAGAUUGCAGAUACAGAAAGUUUCUCUAAUGAUCCCUGUGGCAAUGUCAAAAAGCUCAAGGACAAUGAUGUGAGAAUCAUCAUUGGUCAGUUUGAUGAGAACCUGGCCUCCAAAGUCUUCUGCUGCGCGUAUAACCUGAACAUGUUCGGCAGUAAAUACCAGUGGAUUAUCCCUGGCUGGUAUCAGGGCAACUGGUGGGAACAGGCCAACAGCACCAACUGCACCACCAAGAAGCUUCUCACUGCCAUGGAGGGAUACAUUAGUGUGGACUUUGAGCCACUCAGCGCUCGCCAAAUCAAGGGCAUCUCUGGCAGGACCCCUAAAGAGUAUGAGAGGGAGUAUAGCAGAGAACUUCAACAGAAAGGUGUGGAGGCAAGCAAGUUUCAUGGUUUUGCUUACGAUGGGAUCUGGGUCAUUGCCAAAACCUUGACAAGAGUGAUGGAACUGCUGCGGAUAAAACAGCGGCAAAACAUGUACCACAACUUCACCGUGGAUGACCGGGAAGUCGGAAAAAUGGUGCUGGACGUCAUGAAUGAGACUAACUUCUUUGGUGUUACGGGCCAAGUCAUGUUUCGUAAUGGAGAGAGAAUGGGCACAAUAAAAUUCAACCAGUUUCAAGAGGGCCAAGAAGUGAAGGUUGGUGAAUACAAUGCAAUUGCUGACGUGCUGGACCUCAUCAACAACUCCAUCAGGUUCCAAGGUGUAGAGCCUCCAAAGGAUCGUACAUUUGUGCGUCUGCAGCGGCGCCACAUCAACGUGCCCCUUUACAGCAUCCUGUCCACCAUCACCAUACUGGGCAUGCUCAUGGCUGGGGCCUUCCUGUUCUUCAACAUCAAGAACCGAAAUCACAGAUUGAUCAAGAUGUCCAGUCCCUACAUGAACAACCUGAUCAUCCUGGGAGGCAUGCUUUCCUAUGCCUCUAUCUUCCUGUUUGGUCUGGAUGGAGGUUUUGUUUCUGACAAAGAGUUUGAGACCCUCUGCACUGUUCGGACGUGGAUCCUCAUUGUUGGAUACACAACGGCUUUUGGAGCCAUGUUUGCCAAGACCUGGAGGGUGCAUGCCAUCUUCAAAAAUGUGAAGAUGAAGAAAAAGAUCAUAAAGGACCAGAAGCUGUUGAUUAUCGUUGGCGGGAUGCUGCUAAUCGACUUAUGCAUCCUCAUCUGCUGGCAGAUUGUGGACCCACUUAGGAGGACUGUGGAGGAAUACAGCUUGGAGGCUGACCCCCAAGGCCGAGACAUUGCCAUCCGUCCCUUCUUGGAGCACUGUGAGAACACCCACAUGACCAUUUGGCUGGGCAUCGUCUAUGCCUACAAGGGACUGCUAAUGCUGUUUGGAUGUUUUCUGGCGUGGGAAACCAGGAACGUGAGCAUUCCUGCUCUCAAUGACAGCAAGUAUAUCGGAAUGAGCGUGUACAACGUUGGCAUCAUGUGCAUCAUUGGCGCCGCAGUGUCUUUUCUGACCAGGGACCAGCCCAACGUCCAGUUCUGCAUUGUAGCACUGGUGAUCAUCUUUUGUAGCACCAUCACGCUCUGUCUGGUCUUCGUUCCCAAGCUAAUUACGAUGAGAACAAACCCAGAUGCAGCCACCCAGAACCGCAGAUUAAAGUUCACCCAGAACCAGAAGAAAGAAGACUCCAAGACCUCCACCUCAGUCACCAGCGUUAACCAAGCCAACACGUCCCGACUGGACGGCCUUCAAACUGAUAACCACCGCCUUCGUAUGAGGAUAACAGAGUUGGACAAAGAGCUGGAGGAGGUGACCAUGCAGCUGCAGGACACGCCAGAGAAAACUCCCUACAUUAAACAGAACCAUUAUUCAGAUGCCAAUAACAUUCUCAGCAUACGCAACUUCACAGAUGGCAAAGAUGGAGAGAAGUCGAUACUGAAGAACCACCUCGAGCAGAAACCACAGGCGCAGUGGGGCUCCAUGGAUCCUUCCAGAAUAAACAGAGGUCCCCUCGAGGAUAUCAACUCACCAGAACACAUACAGCGUCGACUGUCUUUGCAGCUGCCCAUCCUGCACCACGCCUACUUACCUUCCAUAGGAGGGGUAGAUGCUAGCUGCACCAGCCCUAAUGGCAGCCCUGGUUCCAGCCCAAGGCACAGACACAUGCCCCCCUCCUACCGGGUAAUGGUCUCUGGCCUGUGAGCUUCAUUCACUCCCCCACCUGGCUCUUUGCAGAGGAGACAUAUGUGAUUCUUUUUUUCUACAACAAAUAGACUGAUAUCAUCAGCGUAUGUGCGUAUUUUGUCUCGAAUCGAGGAGGACAGGGAGAGAAGAGAGGGAGGGGGGAAAAGUUUCACUCUUCAUACCUCUUCACCUUGGUCUUCUUCUAAACUGAUAUCCUCAGUCAGGAUGGGGUAUGAGGAGACAGAGUGAGCACUGGAUGACCCUUAAAAACGCCCUUAAUUAACAUCCCCUUGUUCAUCUGCCCCUCCCACCUGCCUAGGCAUAUACACAUAUGCACAGUCAAACACAGAUAGGCUAUAUACAAAUACACACAUGCACAAAUAUAGUAACAUCCCAAUAGCAGUGGUGGACCAGCCCUAAUCUGAUGUGUAGCCUUAUCUGCUUCAGAGGGGAUUGUCUGUUUCUGUUCCUAAUCUGUUGUAUGUAUGUGCUCGCAGCAACAUGUGAGUUUGUCAUCUAACUUGAGUAUUUCACUGAUUCAGUGACUGGAUAAUGGUUUGGAGAUGUGGAAUUUGCAAAACCUAUCAAAGGAAAUCAUCCAAAUUACUGCUCGUUUCCUUCCCAAAUCCUGUCCAGACAUGUAAAUAUCAUCAUUUUUAACAUUGAUGUACUGUAAGCUUUGUAUAUGCUGUGAAUGGACAAUUAAGUUGGUUCUAAGCGUGAAGCUUGUAACAGACGCGGGUAGGCAUGACAGUUUCAAAUGAAAGCUUAUAAAACAUGGCAUCCUACAAAUUAGACAUAUGUAUGAAAGAGAUAUAAAUUUGUUGUGUAACUGUUAAUCAAUUAGCUUAUGGGCAGCAAAGUAAGAUACAUCAAAGUCUGAGUCGCAGAAUCUGAAAAUGCACCAGUGCCCAUUUUUCUAAAUUGAAGCAAGAUGCACUUGUUUUUGUUUUUUUUCCACUUUGCUUAUUUGUACCACUGCUUUUUGUUUUGCUUUUUUUGUCAGAGAUUUCAGAUCAGACUUUGCAUAGGCCUUCAUACUUUACAACCUACUCUUCAGAAAGCAUGUUAUACAGAAUAUUAGUGCUAUGCCUUUCAAAAAGUCUCAAAGGCUGCAUAUGUUAGAAAACAGAAUGCCAUGAGAGUGUUCCACAGAUGUCUUUCAUGUGUGUUAAUACGCCAAAAAGUGCACACACAAAGACACACUCAUGUGACAGCACCUUAUGAGAUCAGAUGCUUUUAGUGUCAGCCCUGGUCAUGUUGAUCCCCACAGAUGGGUCUCCAUAGACUGUUAAGAUGUCCGUCUGAUCCAGCCCUCACAGCUAACCAGCACAGUUCAGGGCGAUGGGGGGAGUCAAUGGCAAAAAAAAAAAAAAG